AUGGCGCCCAUCAGUGGAGCUGCGGCUUAUAAGAAGAAGGACGGCAUUUUGGCCGUUGCAAAUGAUCAACAGUCGAUACAAUGGCGAGCCAACGGCUCAGAAAAGGGCGUGACAAUUCCCGUUGCAAAUAUCACCAACUUGCAACAAACACCCGAGACCGCGGCCAAGGUGAUGCUCAAGAUCUUCGAAAAGUCACCUGAUGCUCCCGAGGCUGUUACUCACCUUUUCCACUUCAACUCUCCGUCAAAUCCUCGGGGAGAAGCCAAUGCCGUGAAGGAUGUCUUAACCAACUUGAUUGCAGCGAUAAAGGCAAACGAUGGCACUGUCCCCAAGCCUAGCGGGCCGUCCACAACAGGCCCCACGACUACUACAGUUGCUACCAGGCUCAGCAACGCACCCACAUGGUAUGACGAUGCCCAGCUGAAGACGGACUUCCAACUCCAAGAGUCGUUGUUGAAGAAGGAUAUGUCAUUGAAUCGAACGUAUAUGGAAUCGAGGCGAACCAAACCUGAUACCCUGUCAGACUCUCAGUUUAAUAAGCAAUUCUGGUCUACUCGCGUCAAUCUCCUCCGAACAUUCGCAAUUGAUUCAAAGCAGAAGAAGGGCCCAUACAACGUCCUGUCCGCUGUAAAACCACGGCAAGUGGACGGAGAAUUGAAGUUGAAUAUCAGCGCCGAACAAGUGCAACUCAUCUUCGGUCAGCAUCCACUGGUCAGACGUGUUUACGACGAGAAUGUCCCCAAGCUCAAGGAAUCGGAUUUUUGGUCGAGAUUCUUCGUCAGUCGCCUAUUCAAGAAACUCAAAGGAGAGCGGAUUGUGGAAGCCGACGGUACGGAUCCUACUUUUGACCGAUACCUUGACGCGCCCAAUGAUGAUGGUUUGGGUAAUAGAUUGCUCACAGCGCAUAUACCGCACGUCAUCGACCUCGAAGGCAAUGAACAGAAUCAAGGCGGCGCUGGGGCCAGAAGUGGAAAUCGGAAGGACUUUACUAUGCGGCCGGGCUCGAUGGCGAAGGUACCGAUCAUUAGAACGCUCAACAGCCUGAGCGAAAAGCUCACAGCUGAAGUCGCACCUUCUAAUGUAAAUCCAGCUGCUCCCAUCGGCAUGGAUGAGGAUACCUUUAACCAACUGGCACUGCGAGAUUUACAGGGCGACCCGGAAGAGCAUCGCAUCAUGCUCAACAUAACAGAACAAAGCAAGUUUUUCUCUAACGGUAAGUCCGACAUUUCAGCUGAAGCUGCCUUGUAUGCAAAGCAAAAUCCUUCCAAGAUACUGUCGGGUAUGAAAACCGAUGUGGAUCCACGUAGUAUGGACCACGACAGAGCCGGUGGUCUGAACCUACACUCAGCAAUCGGCGUCAUUGAAGACAGCGACAGCGAAGACGAAGAUAAGCCUGGUCACGUGGGGAGCAAAUCUAGUAUCGCCGAUGCCCAGAAGCACGUCCUGGAAGGUAUCAAAGCUCGUCGGGCUGGCAUCGAUGGCUCUGGAGCUCAAAUACUAUCCGGACUGUCACAGCCCCUGUUUGACAGAUUGACCUUGACACAAGCGACGACCACUGAAUUCCUGCACCACUUCUAUCUACUGUUCCUCUCUGGCGAUCCCGACCGUGCAACAGAUUUGGAAAGACUGGUGGAGACUCUGGAGAGGGCAUUGGACCGGAUCAAUGCUGUGGCAAACGAUGCGGAGAAAGAGCGAGGAGAAGCUGAGCUCAAAAAGAAGCAGCACAUCAGAGACGUGUAUGAAAGGACGAAGAAGAAGAUCGUUUAUAGACCAGAGUCUAUUGGCGGCGGAAAGAAGGUUGUGAUGGAGAUGAUGGAGCCCACUAUAAGGACUAUCGCCAAAGCAACAAAAAAGUACAAGAAAGCGCUUGCGGCUGAAGGAGUUCACAUUGCCUAG